AGCACAGAUUGCUUCGAAGCGCGGAGCGAGCUCUGGAGCUCCUGUGCUGUCCCGGGUUUCCUUCCUUGUUGGCACUUGGCUGAUCCCUGCAGGAAUGGCCCCAGGGCUCAGUGCUGCUCCACCAGUUGUGCUUCUCCUCCUGUCCCUGCUGGGUCUGGCUGCUGCUGGGAAGCUCCUAGUGGUGCCAGUGGAUGGGAGCCACUGGCUCAGCAUGCGGGAAUUGCUGGACAUGCUCCAGCAGAAGGGACAUGAGGUGGUCGUGGUGGCACCUGAAGUCUCCCUGCAGAUCAAACCAUCCAAGACCUUAGUGAUGAAAACCUACUCAGUGCCUUUCACUCAGGAAGAGAUGGAUACAGUUUUCAAAAGGUCAGUAAUGGAUUUAUUCAAAGAAGGACCUUUUCUGGAAAGAGUUAUUAGACAGUACCAACAGGCAAAGAAGACCUCUGCUCUGUUCCUGGCCACCUGCACAAACUUAAUCCACAGCAAGGAGCUCAUCAGGUACCUUGAGGAGAGCAAGUUUGAUGCUGUCCUCACAGAUCCUGUCCUCCCCUGUGGGGCAAUACUGGCUGAGUAUCUUUCCCUGCCUUCCGUGUAUUUCCUGCAACAAAUUCCAUGUGGUUUGGAGUAUCAGGCCACCCAGUGCCCCAAUCCUCCUUCCUAUGUCCCCAGAGUAUUUACAGACCUUACAGACCACAUGACCUUUCUCCAGCGGGUGAAGAACUUCCUGAUCGGGUUCUCAGAGCCUUUGCUUUGCCACCUGUUUUAUUUAAAAUUUGAGCGCUUGGCCUCUGAGUUCCUGCAGAGGGAUGUAACAAUACAGGAGCUGUUCAGCCAAGCAUCAGUUUGGCUGAUGAGAUACGACUUUGUUUUUGAGUAUCCGCGCCCCAUCAUGCCCAACAUGGUCUAUAUUGGAGGCAUCAACUGUCUGCAGAAGCAGCCACUCUCAAAGUACCCCAGGCCCCUCAUGCCCAACAUGGUCUUGGUCGGAGGCAUAGGCUGCACUCGGGAAAACAAAUUAUCCCAGGAAUUCGAAGCCGUGGUGAAUGCCUCUGGAGAACAUGGCAUCGUUGUCUUCUCGCUGGGCUCCAUGGUGUCCGAGAUUCCCAUGAAGAAAGCCAUGGAAAUCGCGGAGGCCUUGGGAACAGUCCCGCAGACGGUCUUCUGGCGCUACACAGGCAAGGCACCCCCCAACCUGCCCAAGAACGUGAAGCUCGUCAAGUGGCUGCCUCAGAAUGACCUCCUGGCCCACCCCAAGACUCGUGCUUUCAUCACCCACGGAGGCUCCCACGGAGUUUAUGAGGGAAUCUGCAAUGCAGUGCCCAUGGUGCUGAUGCCUCUCUUUGGGGACCAGAUGGACAACGCCAAGCGAGUGGAGUCCCGGGGAGCAGGGCUGACCCUCAACAUCCUGGAGAUGACUUCCAGUGACAUCUCCAACGCCCUGAAAGCAGUGAUCAACGACAAAAAGUACAAGGAGAACAUCCAGCGCCUCUCUGACCUGCACCUGGACAGACCCAUCCACCCUCUGGACCUGGCUGUGCACUGGGUGGAGUUUGUGAUGAGGCACAAGGGGGCCCCUCACCUGCGCCCCGCCGCCCACGACCUCAACUGGGUGCAGUACCACUCGCUGGACGUCAUCGCCUUCCUGGCGGCCGUCACCCUCCUCUCCCUCUUCAUCUCCUUCAAGUGCUGCCUGUGCUGCUGCCGCAGGUUCUGCUGCAAGAAGGGCAGGACAGGCAAGGCCACCAAAGCCAAGUCCCACUAGCACCUGGGAACGGUGGUAGGGGACCGAGCUCCUGCUCCAGACGCAGCAGCGGGGUCAGGGAACAGCUCGAGUUUCACUGCAAUGAGUAAAACACUGUGAUUUUCAGCCCAGGAAUGAUAGGGAUCCUUUGAAAUAGCAGCACGAGAAGGGCUGUUCCACUGAUCUAAUUUUGGUCUUUUAAUUAAGAGUGGGUUGUUAAAAAUGCCUUGUGCAGGAGUGCUGCAGUCACUUGGGAAGGUCUGAGUGUGAAAUCCCCGGCCCCUGGCUUCCACCUGUCAGCAUGCAGAGGACUCAGUGACUUUUAACCUCCACCUGCAGCAGAGAUAGGUAGGGAUUUUGGAGGACUUUGGGAGAACCAUCUGGUCGGAUUCCUGUUUGAAAUCUCUGUGUGGCUGCUGUUGUAGGGGAGGCAAAUGUCGUACACUCUCAGUUCCUGUCAUGCAAACCAAGCUGGAUGCACAUCUUCAUGGCUUUACAAGACCCUGAACAAAACCAAGUGCUGGAAAACCACUGGUGUUUCCCCCAGAUUGCCCAUCAGGCAGAUGUGCUGUAGCUGGAGUUCACCUGUUGAAGAGGAGAUCUUUGAAAGCAUUUCUUAUUAACCCCCACAGCUGAUUUGCUCUCUGUAAGUGAUGCUCAGGGAAAGACCCCAACCCCCAGCCCUAUAAAUAAACCCCAAAUACUAAAAAUUA